CUGGCGUGAGUGAAAGUGCGACUGAAAGACCUUCGUAAGUCUUUUCCUUCAUCUGAACUGCUUCGCUCCCUUUCAUCUUUCCUCCUCGUUGUCCUCCCCCUGUCAAGUGCGAAUGGAGAGGCCGCUCGCCGUCUACCGCACCCACUAGUGGCAGACUGGAAAAGACCUCUUUCGAUCAAGUAUUUACGUUGCACAUCUGUUUCUGUUUUUUCGAUCAUCUCUUGAUUUCGGCUUUCUUCGUCUCUGUUUUCUUCCUCGUUUCGCCUCUCCGUCCGCCUGUGUCCGCUACGGCUGCGGCUCCCUUUUCCUCAGAAGGCUUCGCAGCCCCCAACCGGGGAAGAUGAAAACGCUUCGCCCAGAGUCUCUUUGAGGGUUCGCUUCUCUCGAGUCCCUCUUUUCCACAAUUAUUUCCGCGUCUCUUCUUCUUCCUCUCUCUCCUCGUCGCAGAAAUGGCCUCGUCGUUCCUCGCCUCGCCCAGCCUCAUCGGCGGGGUAGCAGUCCCUUCGCUGGGCACCUUCCCUUCUCCAGAUCUGUCUCCUUGUCUUUCUCCUUCUCUCGGUGUCUCGAUUUCUCCUGCGUCCCCAGAAGAGACGCACACGAACAAAAGUGCGAAAGGCUGCAGCGUGCGGCUCACUGCCGGCGCCGAGCCGGUGCAUGCAGCCCCAAGCCAUGAUUCUCACGCGACCGCCUCUGUCUCCUUUCUCUCCAGCGACACAGGCCCUCUCGCUGUUCCCGACCAAAAAGAGGACGCGCUGCCCGCGAAGAGACAACCUGUCUCCUUGAAAAAGGGAGACAACGGAGAGGCGCCGAGAGCCGAAGAAAGGGAGCAGAUGAUCGAAGGUGUGUGGCUCGCGCGAGGGAUCGAUGUCCCAAACUUGAAUGCACAUCUCACCUGUUUCCUUCGCGCCUCGGCCCUUGAAGUCUUCAACACCUCGCCCUCUGCACAGAUUCUGCCGGGGCGUAGGCGCCGCGCGCCGGCUCGCAGUCUCGGCGGGGAGCCGAGCGUCUCGUGCGAGACAUCCCGAAGUAGCUGUCAACAGUCGUCUGAGUCGCCGGUCGCUUCCCCGGCGUUUCCGCUCCUCUUUAAACUCCCCCUGGACGCGCCGCUGGCGUCGAGAACUCUUUUCGAUGCAGCGGUCGCUCGGCCUUCUUCUGGCGAGGCCUGUUGCCUCUCCUCUCACUUUUGUGCCUCGUCUCUCGGCGCGUCUGCUAUCCUUCACGGGCGCCGCUUCACUGCAUGCGCGAGUCACGCUUCACGGCGAAGCCUCGCAGGCCAGGAGAAGAACGCUUUCUCAGUCUUUCGACCUCCCUCGUCUGACAGGGCCUCGGUGCAUGCUUCGUGGGCGACGCGCUUUCUAGUUCGCUUUCCGUCUCUCUGUCGUCGGCGAAGGCAGGCCAGCAGUCGCGCGACCGCUCUCGGUUCGGUGCGGAAGUCGAUAGACAAGCAUGGAAACAUGGAGAAGCGAGGAACCGUGUGCGCCGGAAACUGUCUGGGCAGUGGCGUGAACGACCCGCGAGAGGCGGGACAAACUCGAGAGGCGAAAGAGGCUGCGGGGCUUGGGGCGGAGGCGAUUGUCGUCAUUGCGUUCGUGACCGCUGACAGGUAUCUUCACCAUGUCCGCCUUCGCCUCCAGAGCGCGGGAGGGACCGGGAACGAAAGGCGAAGCCCCUGCGGCCCGGCAGCCGGCGGAGAGGUCACAGUCGCGACGGAGAUGGAGAGAGGCGCUCCCAUUCUCUCCGUUGAGCUUCUGGGCGUGUGGACGUUAUCUCUAGAUGUAGAACUGGGUCUCAGCCGCAACGACGCUUCUUGCGUCCAGGGCGGUGGAGCCAUCACGCCGGUGGGGCGCGACGCCGCUCGGAGAAGACAAGGGGAAAGAGAGCGAGGCCAGACGCAUUCAGAUCUCGUUGCCAACAGCUACCUUCUCGUCGUUGACGAGAAAUCGCUGCUUCUCUCACUGCCUCGCCUAGGUCGCUGGGGUGUCGUCGUGGUCGGCGCAUGCAGCGAGCCGGGCGGCGUUGGCGACGCCCACGAAGGCUCUCUGGGGGCGAGGCGCGAAAGCCGGAAGCGACCGCGGGAGAAUCCGGAUGUUCAGAAUGUCACGAGGUCCUGUGUGGAGACAGGCGUCCCUUCUGAAAAUUCUGGAAAACGAUGUCUGGAUCUGAGGUUUGCAGACGGCAGAGAAGAGGGGCACCGCGAAGCGGACUGCGAAGGCUGUUCCCCAACCACAGGAGCAGCUUCAGGCGACAUCCAAGAUUCACAAGAAGCCGAGAGCUCGGUCAGCAAGCAAGCGGUCUGGUUUCCAGCGCCCUUCUCGGUUCCUUUGCCCCUCGCUUCACACGGCUGUUCGCGUGAGAAAGGCUCCUUCAGCCUCCUGGCGCCCCUUCGUGGGUUUCCGCUUUUCGCAUCUUCACCUUGCAGCGCAAGAGAUGAAGACUCCGAGAGGCACAGACAGACAUCCCAGCUCGGAGGUCUCCCCUUUGCUUCGGGGGAAGGUCCCGCGCGAACCGUCGAAGAAAGCCAACGAAUUUGGGCGCGAGCGGCCUUCGUCGCUAGGCUGUCUCCUGGUGGCGACUUCGGGGGGUGGCUCGGCAGCGACUGUCUCACCCAGCUUCAAGGAAGAGGAAAGGAGGAGACAGGCAUAUGGCGCUUCUUUCGGAGACGACCUGGGAAGAGAAAGUCUCCGAAUUCCAUUUCUUCUGUGGGGGACGCCUCUGGGCCUUGGCCCACCGCGGCGCCUCCGGUUCGCUCCAGCCUCUUCGUGGUGACGUGUGGACCUGCCGGGUCCCCAGCGGACGGGGACGAGGCGCAAGAGAAGAAGCGAGAGGAAAGAAGAGACAGGCGCGGAGAGGAUUGGAAGGAGCGACGGGAGAGCGACGAGAGGAAAGACUCCGAGAGGCAACAGCCUGGUUCAGAGGUUGGGGAAGUCGAUGGCGCCGCAGCGCCUUCGUUGUCGACUGCACGCGCGUCGUUUGAAGAAACGGAUGAAGAAGGAGACUCGGCAUUCGCCUCCGCUUCCAACCACCUUGCGGAAGUCUGUGUCUGGCACAUAGGCGCAUCUUGUAGACUGGACGUUUCCGGUACAAACCCAGGUCUCCCCUCACUGCCUCAGGCUUCGUCUGUGGCGCCUUCCGCCUUCUCCUCCUUCUCGCUCCUGGCGCGACAUGUCUUCAGUCUCGCCCCUUCGGAAGUCGAGGGGCGCUCUUCGCUCCCCGGCCAGAACAGGAAAAAGGCCUCAGACCCAGCGGCUCCGCACCGGUCCCCAGAAACGCCCAGCCGCCUCGCGCCUCUUGGGCGGUCGCCUCCGGACUCGCCUUUCCCGGUGGAGAUACUUUUGGUUGCAGAGAACGGCUGGCCGCGAGACGCUAAGGCAGGCCGACGAAGAUCAGAAGGCAGGUCCUGGGUCGUAGUAGUCGACAAACUGGGGCGAUGCCACCUGCUCGAGUGGCGCCUGUGGGGCCUGCGCCGCGCCUGGGAGGCUCCAGAGGGGCAUGGAGAAGGAGACAGCGACGGAGCAACAUUCGAGUCUGAGGCGUAUCUCGGGGGGUGCGGCGCAUGCAGCGACAGUGGGGCUGGGUGUGCGCUCACCUACGUCGAGUGCAUUUCCUUUUCUCAAGACAAACGAGAUCCCGAGAGGCCGGAAGCAACGCAGGUUCGCCCCGACGCCGCAGGCGCUACGCUGGCGGGGAGAAGGCCUCCCAACGGAGCUCAUCAGAUGUUCUCUGUCGUUAAAAGCCAACAGUCACAGGGGCAGUGGUUGCUCACUGAUACUCACCUCUGGCGACUGCCGUGGAGCAGCGGUGAAGGUGAGGAUCGUCGUGAUCAGGACUUUGAGGAAGUCACCUCCCGCGAUAGAGAAGGAGAUUACGCGCAUGCAUUUCCCCUUCCGUCUUCUGCACCAUGGCGAACGAACGCGUUCCCUCCUCUGGCGUCCUUCCGCAUCCCUCUCGCGCGGACACCGGCGGUGGCCAGCGAUUUCUGGAACCCCGAGAGUUGCCGCGCCCGCUUAGACCAGGUGCGCGUGUCUCUGCGGUCGCUCCGAACGCGCUAUGUCGCUCUUCUCUCGUCUUCAGGACCAAGCCGGAAGGCAAGCGAGACGGUUGGCGCUCGGUGGCGGGCCGCGGCUGUUCUGCUCGAUUGGGUGUCGAGAGCUUUGGAGCCUUCUAGUCCGCCGAGGGGAUCUGAUUGUUCCCCGUCUUCUCUCUGUCAGUUCUUGCUGGUUGCGGAACACAACGACUCCGACCAAGCUCGCUGUAGCCGGGUGCCUUCCCCGUCUCAAGCCCAAGGGCCGAGCCUGUCGCCUGUGUCCUUGAAGCGGCUUCUGUGGGCUGUGACGUUCCUCACAGUUCAGAGAGCUCAGGCGCGGGCUUCGCGCCAGGCGUCGGAACCGUGUACGCCUGCUCAUGCUCCUUGUUCCGCUUCUCGUUCCGUGUCUCCCCAGAUGAGAGAAGAGAAGGAGACAGUCCCCUCUUCUCUCGCGGAUCCGCUUCUGGCGGCCGCCACAGCGAGCACUAUGCUGUGUCGAUGGCUGGCUCAAAGGCUGGAGGCGUGCACGGCGGCUGGUUGUUGGGGCGCCGGCGCAUGCAGGGGGCCGGGCCAGGGUCAAAAGGCCCACUGGUCGGAGGCCGCGGACUCGGGGCGCACCGAGGCAAGAGGCGUUUUUCUCGGCGCUUCCCUGGUCUGGUGGAAGGAGGUCGAGAGAGAGAAGGCGAUUCUCGACAGCCGACACGAAGCCGACGAGGACGGCAGAGGUGCAUGCAAGAAACUUGGAGAGGACCAGGGUGGGGUGCGAUCCACAGCCUUGCGUUCAGACGACGCGUACAUGCCCUGUGCGCUUCCGAUGGUUCUCUCGUAUUCUGCGCUUCCCGCCUUCGUUCGUCAAACCUCGUCCGCGCACUCUGGGCCUGCGCCUGCGCUUCUCUCGCCCCUAGGCCCCCUCGCCAGUUCUCUGUCUCUGCUGCGUCCGGCCGCGUCGUUCCCGGAGUCGCUGCUUCUCCAGCUGGCCUCCCUGGCGCGUGCUGUUCGCGAGGAAGUGUACGCGCUUGGGCUCGAGUGUGUCGAAGGCCGAGACGAAAAGGAAGAAGAAUCGGGAGAAGGAGACGAAGGCGAAACCGCGAAGGACCCGGAGGGUGAAGACGGGGAUGGAGUGGAAGCCCGAUGCCCCAUAGAUGAAGCAACACUCGCUGAGUUGUUUUUCUCCCUGCAUGAGCAGCCUGAGCAGUGGCCAAUCUCCAGGUUGAGCAGGAAGCGCGUCGCGCGUCGGUCGUCAUCCCCAUCGCGCGGUCGCGCCACGGAGCGGCCAACGCGGUCGCGGACUUGGAAGGGCGAUCUGCAUGCGCCGAAAAGAGUCAGCGAUGACCCACAGAGUGCAGGAGAUGUGGGCAAGGACACCGAGGCUCUCCCAAGGCGCAACCGGCUGAGAUUGCCUGCGGCCUUCGAUGGUUCGGUGAGAGAAGAAGGGGAGAGGAUCCUCUGUGAAUUCGUCGACUCGGCAGCGAUCCAAGAAGCUCGUCGAUUUCUCUUUCCGAUGGAAGCCGCAAAAGAGGCAGACACGCGAGACGGAGAGGAGACAGGAGACUGCGGCCUGGGCGGGACAGUCGGGCAUCGUGGAGAGAGCGCAACACCACGACAGACUGAGCUGGUCUUGGAAUCUCCCCAUCUGCCUGCCCUCCAGCGAUUUUUCCUCCGGUGCAUGCAGAGCGAGAAGGGAGGAAACGCGCGUUGCCGACGCGACGCGACUGCGUCACUCCCCAGAAGUCUUCUUGUCCUUCGCAAGGACUCUGAGGCGACUUCGUGUCUGCAUACCUGGGGGGGUACCGAGGGCGUUUGGACCAGAGGCUUGCGCCUAGGAGGCGGACAAGGCCGCGGGCGACGGCCACAGGACCCGCGAAACGAAGGCGGUGAGAUCGAACGAACAAUUGAAAGUCUCCUUCUCCUCUCGCCGUCGCCUUCCUGGCGAAUUCUGCUCGCCGGGUGUCUCCAACUCGAGGCUGCUCGCUCUCUCUCUUUCGCCGCCGAGAGCGAAGGAGAUGGUCAAAAGAGAGAAACGGAAAGAGGGGAAGAAGAACGUGGAGAGGGCGACAGCGCGGCCACACACGACGAACGGGGUGUUGAGGGAAGCUGGACUUCCAGAGACAUUGAAGACCUUCUACGACGCGCUCUGGGCAGGGGAAACGAAGGGACGAGUCGCGAGACCAGGCAGACGAAUGACGCAGAGGCAGGCGAGACAAAGCGAAUAAAAAGCAGAAGAGAGGGAGACGGCGAGACGCGAGUUUCUGCCUUCAAGUGCUGCGCCUCAGUUGCUUCUGCGCUUCGCGUCCUCAAAUCCGAUACAAGUCUGUUCCACUUCCCUUCCGCGCCAGCUGAGAAGCAGAUUUCCCUCGACUUUUUCCUUGUCUUUUCGCGUCGCGUGCAUCGCCUGGUGGACCGCCUGCUCUCGCCGCUUCUGCGUCCUUCUCCUCGCGCCUUUGCGGAGUUUGGCGAUUCGCUGUGGGCCUCGGUGUCGAGCACGCAACUGUCCCUCCCGGCGCUUUGUCUGUGCUGUCGGAGUAAAAAUGACGGGGAACGCGUUUGCGAGGCCUCACAGAGACACGCGUGUAGGGGGCUGCAGGCGUUCCAUCGAGCGGCUGCGAUGCACAUUUUCGCCUUUUCUUCCUCGCUCUCGCCUGGAGGCGAACGCGGGUCGGCUUCGCCAGGCCGCGGGGCCUCUCCGGGGGCCUCUCUCGACGCUUGCCUGUCUCUCCUGCCUUUCGCGAACGCCCGUGACAACGGCUGCAUACGUCCGAGACAAGAAUACGGAACAGAACGACUGCAUGCAGGCCUCGCGCCGGGACGUCCUGGGGAACACUGCCGUUCCUUCGGACAAGACGAGCUGUUGUCUCCGAGUGUGGAGUUCGGUCGAGACAUCGUCAAGACUGGCCAGGCGUGUACGGAAAGGAGCAAAGAGGAAACUUCUUCUCUGGUUUCCCGCCUACGCGUUCGCGUGGUGAGUCCGGCUCUUGACAAUGCCGUCCUCGGUUCGUACUUUCUUCUCGCCGCUCUCGCCGCCAGCACGGACUGGGCCCUCGCGGCGGUUCAGAGUUCUUCUGCGAAUCGCCUCGAAGCCUGUGUAGGCGCGUUCGGAGAGCCAAGAGACUGGCACAGUCUUUCGGACGCUUCGAUGGAUGCCGGUUGCUUGCGGGCGUCCUCCUGGGAUCUCCAGUUCCAUUCCGGCGGCGCAUGCAGUCCCGUGGCCGUCGGCCCGGGGCGGAGACAGGCCUCCAGCCCCCACCCCGCUCUCGAGCGAAAAAACGCCUUUUCUCUGGAGGCGGAUCCCCGAGCUUGGAACGUGGCUCUGCGGGACAGUUCUCGCCCUUCGUCGCCUGUCUCCGGUGUCUCCGUGCCAGGAGGCGGCGUCGGGCCCCGGCAACCGUUGCAGGCCAGCGCGGCGCCCAACGGUGCCGACGGAGACACCCGCGACCGCGCUGGAGACGAUGAGCCAAGUCGGUGGAGCCCCAGCGGCGCUUCGCCCAGCGGCGCCUUUCCUCCCAGUUCGCCCUGUUCGUCCUCGGUUGCAUGCACGUCAGAGACGUCACCCCGCGCUGGAGCCGCGGCAGUCCAGUCUCUGCAGGCGCUUCAAACCACCAUCGAUGGCUUACUCCACUUCUACGCGGGAUUGGUUUCUGCGUUUCGUCUGCUGGCUCCGGCGAAGUCGCCUUCUGCACUCUCCUACGCCUUUUCCUCGCUCGGGCCUGCGCCAGGGUCGCGCCUCGGUUCUUCCUCACGCGCUGCUCGCAUCUCCCCAUCCGCCGUUCCGUCCGCUGCCUCCUCUGGGGCGUCUCCGCUCUUGCUUCUGGAUGCAUGGCGUGACGCCCAUGAGAAGGCUCUCAGGACUGCGGGGAGGCGGCGAGAGAGAAAGGACGAGACUACGAGAGGCCGAGAGAAGUGCGACCAGGACGGGGCUGGAGACAAGAACGCGCGCAACUCAGACGUCUCAGGGCGGACACCUUCUGCAGCUGAGGACAAGAAGAAAGCUGCAUGCACUCCUUGCGCAAAUACACUGGAGGCAUCUUCGUCGUUUCUCGCCUUCUUCCUCCAAUCGCUUUGCCAGCAGACCUCGCCGUCCAGGCUCCUUGCGAAAGCUGAGGCCUCUGAAAUCCUCUCGUCUGUGCUCGCGCGAUCCCCUCUCGCUGAGCACCGCGUGGCGGCGCAUGCCUUGCAGAUUUGGGCCCUGGUGGCGAGCGUAUCUCUCUUCGCCUCAUCGCUCUCUUCUUCAUCGCUCUCUUCUUCAUCGCUCUCUUCUUCAUCGGUCUCUUCUUCUUUGCUUUCUUCUUCUUUGCCUUCUUCUUCUUUGCUUUCUUCUCCGGCUUUCUUUCUUCUCCUGCGGCGUGCAACGGCUGAGGUUCAUCGCCAUGUGGUGGGCGCUGUGGUGGAGACCACGCGGAGUUUUUCGCUCCUCCAGAAAAGGGCGUCGCACCUCUCUAUCGCCUCUGCUGCCGCGGCGGCGAAGUCGUCUCUCCUUCGGCCUUUCUUGGCGGUCCUGUCUGCCGAGUCGGACGAGUACACAACGCAAGAAGAGCGCUUUCUAGCGAGGUGCUGUGUGGAUAUUUUGAAGCAUGGAGAGACACGACACUCUUCAGGUGAAGACGACAGAUUUCUCGUCAAGAGUCUGGAAACGUUGCUCUUUCUGAGUUUCGGUCGGUACCUCAACAUGACAUUCCCCUUCUUCUCGACGCCUUCUCUCGCCCUGCCGCCCACAGCCUCACUUCCGCCUUUGCUUCUCCCUUCCCAGUUCCUCAAACCCAGUGGACCCGGCGCACCCAACUGCCCUCUCUCUGCUUCUUCUCCCUCUCCUGCGCGCUCUGGUUCUCUCUUUCCUUGUCUUCUUGAGUUCGUGACACAAUGUGAGGCAUGCGCUCGCGCUGGUCUUUCCUCGGCGCGGUGUUCGUUGUCUCUCAGAGCGUCGCUUUUCGAAUCUGCGGCGCGGUCAGCUGCAGAGGCUUCUGAGGCCAUUUGUCUCCCCCGCCCUGUCUCCUUGUUCUCGCCGUUCUCUUCGCGAGAGCCGGCGCCGGCUCUUGCCGCUGUGGGGCGCGUGGGGAAGGCCUCCGCGGCUGUAGAGGGCGAAGUGUGGAGGAAGUUGUUUCUCUCCUACGUCUCCUGUGGUCAGCUUCUUGGCGCCCUCGAGAUCUUGCCGCGCUUGUCGCCGGAGAGCGAACAAGAGAACGGAGUGUUGGCGAUCCUCGCCUUCGUCAUUCGAGCGCGCCUCCGACGAAGCGGGCACCCGAGGGGGGGCGAGGCGGAGGGCGAGGGCAAUCCAGAAGACGAGGAAGUCGGAGGUUUAGAAGCGAUGUCCAGAAGUGGAUUAUACGCGAAGCGAGGGGAGGCAGUGCACGUAAAGAGCGAAGGGAAAACGGAGUUUUCCUUUGGGCCAGAUGAGUGGACAAUUGCGACUCGAGAGGAAGCUGGACGAACGGAGAGGGGUCGGCCGCAGUGUCAUGGAUCUGCUGUCUCCUUCAUUCAGAGGAAAGCAGAGGAAGACGCCCUCGCCAACUUCUCUUUGGAAUCGCUCAGACGCGCGUGCUCGAAGCGCCUUAGCCUCUUCAUCGACCAGAUUCUCUUCAGAGCUGCUCUGGCGAUGCAUGCAGCCGCGGGCCCCGCCAGGGAGGCAUACGAAGUGCUGAAACAAGAUUUUUUGGUAUCGUCUCGCCUCGAAGAAGCGGCGCGUCUCGCCUUCCUCCACGCGGCUUCCAUUCGAGCGUCGUGCUUCACCGCCUCGGCGUCCUCCCAGCAGACCCCGUGCUCGUCUCCGCCUUCUCAGUCUCCUUCCAUCCACCUUUCUCGUCUGUGUGGAGGCGGAGAGACUCCGCCCUUUAGCACAGUUUUUACGUAUCUCUGUGGGGACGGUAUGCCGCCGCCUGUGGGGCUUGCGGGUCUCUCGCUACACUCGCGCCUUCCCAACCCUGAGGCUCGCGAGGCCGGAAGAGCCUGUCUCCGGUCGGCUGUCUCCCGUUCCUCUGCAUGCACCUGGGCGCAGAGAGAGGAAACUGGAGAGAUCGACUUUCCUUCGUGGGUCCUUUCGGGCCUAGGCGAGCUGCAGCGGCUCAUGGCGACAGGCGCCGAGGAGGGCGGAGACACCGAGGGCCGAGAGAGCGAAGAGACAGAAGACACUCUGCGGGCAGACAGGUUGAUGUGGGGUGUGCGACCGUGUAAAGUCGACGCCGGCGAGACAGCGAGACGGGGGAGAGAAAGUGAAGGGGGGAGAGGAGAGAAGAAGACAAGGCGCGACAGAGAGCACAACGACGAGGGCGGAGAUGAGACAGAAAACGAAGGCGAAGGAUCAGAAGAAAACUCGCUAACGCAGCAGCAUGCUCGGUUGUCGGUUCUUGCCGGGCGCUUCCUCCGAGCCUGCUUGUUGACGGGGCGAGAGGCGUUCUCUCAGCCGCCGUUUUCCCCACAGUUGUCUCUUCCAAGCGUGAAGCCGCGACAUCCGCGAAACGUACUCCCCGCGCAGAAGUCAGUGAAUCGUGGACUUUCGGUAGGUCUCUCUUCCCGCGCCAAGGCCUUUGUUCCCGAGCCGUCUCCCACAGUGGCUCUGGAGGCAGUGCUGGAGGACCUCACCUUGUGCAGCAACUUGCUGUGUUGCUUGUCGUCUCCGCUCCUCUUUCUUCCUCCCGGGCCUCCCGGUCUUCCGCUCCCGCUCUUCUCGCCUUCGCCGUCGCUGCAGACGAACUCGGUAGGCGCCGUCUGUGUCCUGGUCUCGCCGCCUAACCGGCAAGAAGGCCUCGAGGGCAAAGACGAAGAAGAAGCCGCGACAGAGGUCGGCGAGACCAUGAGCCCAGAGGGCGUCUUGGAUCAGUUGGCCUCGACAGUUCGCGACCCGUGGCUCUCCGCACCGCCGUCGCCUUUGUCUUGCUCGUCGCCAAGUUCGUUUUUCUCUGCUGAUCCCUCGUCCCCGGCAGCGGUGCAUGCGCGUCGCUUCACGCGGGCAGGACAGGAAACAGGCACACAGGUCGACUUGGAAAACGAGGAACUUCACUCUUCAAGAGAGACCCACCUCGCUCCCGCCACCCUCUUAGUCGAUGACGACGGAGUCGGUGAUGCUGAGAGUCGAGCGAAGGUUCAGGCGCAUGCACUCCCCCUGAGUUUCCUAAAUAAACUCGUGGAAGUCACAAGAGGUCGUUCGGUUCUUCUUUCACAAGGUACAGACGCAGCAGAGGUCUGCAGUCGGCACCCAUGGACCCUCGACGCCGCAGAAGUCGUUGCACACUUGGGAUUCGCAGGACGUCUCGCGGACGCGGUUGAACUCGCAGGGCAUCUCGACCUGGAUCUUCUAUUGCCCUUUCUCUCCUUCGUGAGCUUCAUUCUCCGGACCUACGUCAUUGUGGUCGACCCGCCUGCACCAGCGGUGCCCUUCGCUUCCGUCGCUCCUGAAUCUUCUCUCUUCUCAUCCGCGCCUCUUGCCAAGCCGCGCACCGGUGCUCUCUUCGUUCCUUCGGCCGGCGAAUCAUCUCUCGCACUGGCCAAGAACAGAUUUCACCCAGCCUCUCGGUCAGUGGCCUCGCUGCUCGCCGCGCAUGCAGCCGAGGAGCGGCAACGAGAAGGAAGGAAAGCCAGGGAGAAGAAGGCCGCGGCGGAGCGUGUGGGGGCGCGAGCCGCCCGCGGCGCAAGCCCCGAGAUCGACGCAGCCUGGCGGAAGUUCGGGAGAGGCUCUGGAUUCCAACUGGACCUGCGAGCAUGCGCCCAAGAAGCGAAGGACGGAGACGAGGAAGACGACGCUCGAAGAGGCGCCUUCACCUGCUGGGUACAACUCGUGAAACAGCUGAAUCUGCGGCUUCUUCGCGUCGAUCCCGAGACUCGCUCCCACCCGUGGUUGCCGUCGGCGAGAAGAAGCGAAACUUAUGCAGAAGCGAACGACGCGCGCGGCUUUUCUGGAGAUUCUGCGAGUUUGUCGGGGGGGUGCGACGCCGACAGACCUCUGGACACUGCCACUCCCGGCAUCCUCGUGCAAAACGCCCUCAGAAUCACCGGUGGAAAGCCGGCGGAAAAAAUCAAGGAGGAAGGCGCCGCCCGGCGCCUACACGCGGCCCUCCUGAACGAGCUACAGACGGUCGCCAGGCAAUUCCCUUACGCCGUUCCUUCGUUUGUCUUUGAUUAUCUGCGUGCCGCCUCCCUUCCCAGCGACCCCGUGGAGGCCCUAGGCCAGCUUCUCAGAGACGGCAGACUCGGGGACGCAUGCAACCUCGUUAAGCAUCACUCACGUUUUCAACUAAAAUCUUCUUUCUCUUUGGCAUCGGAAGGAAGCCUGACAGACUGGCUCGCGUCGCUGCCGCCCACAGAGCGGUCGGCCGCUUUCCGCAUGACUUUCUUGGCUCUCGGCUUCCCUCUCGUUCUUCAGCUGCAUGCGCGUCUCGAAGAUCUCGUCUGCUCGCCUCGUACAAGCCAGUGCAGUGUGUCUAACCAGCAAGCACAGCGAAGAGAAGAAGACGAAAGAGAGACGGCAGUGAGGCUCCUGCAAGACGUCGGCCGGAUUCUGGCGGACUAUCAAAAGGCUUCUCGAAUGGUUGACUACGACGCGGCCUCUCUCACUGCGCUGGCUCUGCGCCCUCCGCCGUCAUUCUCCUGUUCUUGCUCGUCUGCACUGUCCACGUCCUCGCGCGUUGUUUGAUCUUAAAAGGCGGCUUUGUGCCCUCUUGUAGAUCAUGCGUUCAACGUCUCGGUCUUGUUUCGUUCGAGUCUUCUUUGUCUUAAUGGGUUUGCCACUGAGUCGGUGUUUCACGUAUCGGGAUUUGUGCGUCUUUGUUUAAGGCCCCCCCCCUUGCCGUAGAAGUUUGCUUUUUCUGUCGCGUCGCCGCUGGCGGGGGUGCUCCACUGUUGUCCCCCAUCUUCAUGGCAUUUUGUGUAUAUCUUGUCGUCCUUCGUGAAAAACGGUUGUCUUCGGUGUUUCAGACGUGGUUUCGCGUUUUGUUUUUCCGUUGCACUUUUUCCUUUUGGGGGCGAUGGUCUUCGCUGUUCGCCUUCGUUCUUUGUGCGCUGC